UUUCGACGGCAGCUACUUUAAAUGGUUGGAAUUUCGAGACUCAUUUUGUUCUCUCAUUGAUCAAAACAACAAAAUUGAACCAAUACAUAAGUUUUAUUAUUUAAAUUCUUAUCUUGAAGGGGAGGCCUCUCGCGUUAUCAGCAACCUGGAAAUUAGCUCGGCCAACUAUAAGGUGGCAUGGGAGCUUCUUUGCGAGAGGUAUAAUAACAUCAAGCAUCUCAAAAGCCAUCAUUUGCAUGCGUUAUGUAACAUGCAACAGCAACGCGAUUCAGCAAAGAGCUUAAGCCUCGCCUGCGUCUUCUUCUGUGGCGUGUGUUCUGUGCAACGGCAGCCAUCGCCUGUACGACUGUGAUUCGUUCCUUGGAAAGCCGGUUGACGAGCGUAUCGCCGAUGUGGUGCGGUUGAAGCUGUGCUUCAACUGUCUGCGCAAAGGUCACUCUUCUCGUCAAUGCAGAACCUACAGAACCAGGGACAGAUUUCUACGCCUAGAGUUCCUGCGUCGACUGUUUUGGAAGCGGUGGAUGCUGGAGUACAUAACACAAUUGCAAGCCCGACAAAAAUGGCGAACUCCUGGCACAUCGCUGCAAUUGGGGGACUUGGUACUCCUAAAAGAAGAAAACGCUCCUCCCAUGCACUGGAAGGUGGGACGAAUCACUGCUCUGUUCCCGGGAGAGGACGGAGUUGCUCGGGCGGCGGACGUCCGGACUACUACGGGCACGUACCGGCGUGGCACUCGGUAUUUAUGUCCAUUACUGGAUCCAGCAGCGUAUUCAUUGGAAGCGACAGCUUCCAACGCCCCGGAGGAUGUUCCGGCACAUUGCUAGCCGUCCCUCAGUGGAGAGGCGCGGGGAGGGAGGUUUCGGCUCGCGGCUGGGAGCGCGGCCGCCGGUCACUUCUCCAAGGACAAGAUAAGCGCACGCGCAUAAAUUGGCAACACAAAAACAAUUUUGGCCACGGGAAUUUGUAAUAAUCAUUAUAGUCAUUAUAGUAACUUCAUUAAGAGAA